AUGGCCUUCGAGGGUCCUAAACGUGACCAUUCACUAAGGCGGGGGGGUUCGGCUGGCAACAACGUGCUCGGCAACUUAAUCUCGUCCCGAAAAGGAAAGGCAGCGCAAAAGAAUGGAAUACAAACUCUCCCAACAUUUCUAGUCAUUUUCCGAGGUGGAUUGGGUAUUUUGCAGCCGAUGGGAACGUCUGGAUUUCGCAGCAAAAAGAAGAGAAGAAAAGGGAUUGCGGGCGGGAGCAUCGCCGCGGCUGCCGCCGCCGCCGGGGAGCUGAAGGCUCAAUUCAGGCAGGAAGUGCAGUGUGAAGGAAGGCAGUACUUAGUUGCCAGCGCCCAGGGCCCGGCAGCCGCAGCAAAGGAGUGGGCCGGGUUGGGUGAGGGGGAAAGGAAGUGGAGCCGCGGCUCCUUUUUCUGUAGCAGCCCCCAUUGUUCGGAGGGAAGCUGUCGCAGCUGCUGCCCUUCUUCGCGCUUUUUUAGGCGAAGGCUCGCCUUCGUCCGGCCGCAGCUGCGACGGGAAACAAGCGGGCGAAUUACUCGAGAGCAGCUUUUUGAGAGUGAGCUUUCCCGCUUGCGGAAACGGCGCGAGUUUCUAAGUCUCCUCUCUCAGCAGCUCGCGGGGUUCCAGCAAACAACCCGGAUUGUGCUGCAACUGCAAUCCUGUUUGUCUACACAGAAAAACAUACUGUAUUCUAUUCAUGAGAUCUACUUCCAGAUGCAUUGUUUUACAAAACAACCAAGAAGCUAUCUACAUUUUGUCAUCAAGUUUCCUGCAGUGUUAUCAAGUAUUGAUCAUGGCCUGUCCUUCUGUCUACGCAUUUUCAUUCCUUCAAGAGAACAAGGAUUAUAUAAUUCACAAAACAUGAAAAUUUCACUUCAAACUUUAAAGGACAGCAAAGCCUGACCCAUGAUACCCUACAAACAAACUGCAGGCUCUGAUAUCUCAAGGGAGCAACAGGCCUGCACAUCCCUCAUCCCCUGUUACUGUACAACUUUUCACAAACGCAUACUUAUCUGCAAAGGAGCUAUAGUGCUAAUUAUUUUACAACUUCUUAAAAAAAGCAACUAGGUCAUCUAUAAGUACAUUUGGACAACAAAUGUAAUUUAAUGAACUUUAUAGAAUAAAGUCACAAAAAUACACACGCUUAUGUGCAAAGUUAGCUUGGUUGUCAUUUAACACUAUUGUAGAAAUUAAUCAGUGGUAUUUUAUUUGUAAUUCCUCCCCCAAUUUUUCUUUCACAAAAAAAGCCCUAGGCCAAGCAGAGGAGUAGAAUUUUGCAAAGCUGCAUUUAAUCUCCUUUCAGCUUUAACAGUAGCCACAAUUAGUUCUUUCUACUAAGGUGGUUCCUGCUUACAAUGGAUAAUUGAAAAGCUAGGGAUUUUCCUAUACUGUAUGCUGAUAACUUUGGCAAUCUUAUUUCCCUUGCUUUUGCAGUACUUAAAAGCAAAUCAACUAUCUAUCAAUAUCGAAGAUAAUGUCCUUUUAAAUUGAUCUAGGUAACAGGAACAUUCAAAAUAAUGGUCUGGUUUUAGAGGGAUGGUUGGAUUCUAUUUUAUUGUUUGCUUGGCUCUAUUCCAGUUUUGCUCAAUUCCAGUACU